UUCCUUGUUAUUCAAGGACACUCACGUGUCAGACUAGAUAGGGUCAAAGUGUAGAUUUGAUGCUAUUGGAGAAUAUGCAGCGAGUGUGAAUUUGUAUAUUGGGAACUUAUAUUAAUUUUUAAUUUGAAUGUUGUAACACUAAUUGUAGUUUGAGCUUUAAAUAUCUUAACAAAAGUGUAACAUAUAGUAAAACUUUAGAAUUUGGUGUAUAGAACAUUAACAUUUAUCGACAAUGAACAUAUUUUGUGUAGGCCUAAGACAAACUUUUUCGAGGAGACUAACUCAGAAUAUUUCGGCAGUUAUCAGUCGAUUCAACAGUUCCCUGGUCAUAGCAGAACAUAAAGAUGAACAACUUGUUCCCAUCACACUAAAUGCCAUUACAGCAGCCAAAAAGAUUGGAGGAGAUGUCACAUGUCUGGUUGCAGGAAAAACUGUUGCUCCUGUUGUCUCAGAAUUGUGUAAAGCUGAAGGUAUAGGCAAGGUACUUAUAGCAGAAGACUCAGUUUUAGAGGGUACAUUGCCAGAAAGAGUAACAUCUCUUGUUUUGGCAUGCCAAAAGCAGUUCAAUUUCACCCACAUUUUUGCUGGUGCUGAUGCAUUUGGAAAGAGUUUGAUACCUCGUAUUGGAGCAAAGUUGGACGUCUCUCCAAUUUCAGACAUCUUAGACAUCAAAAGUCCCGAUACCUUUGUAAGGGCCAUCUAUGCGGGUAAUGCCAUCACCACCAUCAGAGCCAAAGAUCCAGUAAAGGUCAUCUCCGUUCGAGGCACAUGUUUUGAGGCUUGUCCAUUGGUCUCAACAGAAGCUCCAACAGAAAAUGCACCUCAAGCUGACCUUAGUUGGGAACUAACAAAAUGGAUUAGUCAGGAACUUAGCAAGAGUGAAAGACCAGAGCUUACUAGUGCCAAGACUGUUGUGUCUGGGGGACGAGGUCUGAAAAGUGGAGACAACUUUAAGCUUCUUUAUGAUCUGGCUGAUAAAAUGGGUGCUGCUGUUGGAGCAUCUCGAGCUGCUGUUGAUGCUGGAUUUGUGCCAAAUGACCUUCAAGUGGGUCAGACUGGUAAAAUUGUUGCACCAGAACUUUAUAUAGCUGUGGGUAUCUCGGGAGCUAUUCAACAUCUUGCUGGAAUGAAAGACUCUAAAACCAUUGUGGCUAUCAAUAAAGAUCAAGAAGCUCCAAUUUUCCAGGUUGCAGAUUUGGGGCUGGUUGCUGACCUAUUUAAGGCUAUACCUGAGAUGACUGAAAAAAUUGACCAGUACCUUAGUAAAUAAAUAUCUUUUAGGAGAUGAGAUGACUACUUCUUGAAUUUGCUCAUUUUACUGAAGUUAUUAGAAGAUAAUACAGUCCUUUGGAAAAAGCUUGCAGAAGAAUAAAAACUGGACUUUUAUUAAAAGAAAAAAAAAAUAGGUGACUGAUGUUAAGAAAUGUAGAGACAGCUAAGUAUUUGACUGAUUUGUAGAAAAGAAACUAUUAUGUUUGAUUGUUUAGAUUAUAUAAACUAAUAAUACAUUGGCUCUGUUGGUACAAAACAUAUUUUAAUUAAAAUUUUAUUGAUUUUCAAUAGUGUGAGUGUUACAUCUUUUUGUAUUUCUUUUUUUUUUAUAUAAUUACAGGCUGAUUUUAUACUUAGGAAAUUGUUAUAUUUGGGACCACCUUGGAAAAG